ACAAAUGCUGUCAUGGGGGCGUCUCUCGUUUUUUGUCUUAUUUUCUCGUUAACAGUCUAAAAGUGACUAUAAAGCGCUCUAAUGGUAUUAUAAAGUAUAAUUAGACGUAAAUAGACUGAAAACCGUUGUCUGUUUGUGUUAGAGCAACGUGUAAAAUAUUAAAUGUGUGUAUUGUAGAGCGGAAAAUGCACCUUAAAAGGAGCGGUGACGCACAGUUGCGCGCUCAGAUGUGGUUUUUGCCUUGUAAUGACUGGGUGAGGGGGGUAAGGGGGGUAAAGUUUUGUGCAGAGGGCGGGGGACGGACUCAACUCGGAGAGGGGUCUGAGCACCAGAUCUGCUGCUGGCUUCGAGGGUGUCAGAAGAGAAGGAGGUAAAAGCAGAUCCGGGGGAGGAGGAGCGCGGUGAUCCAUACUGACUCCAACCGGCACUUGAAGCUCACCUGCAUAAGGAGCGACCCUCCCCACUCAGCAUCUUCAAGUUUGCUUUUAAAGUAGGAAUUGUUGAGUUUUCCACAGGAUGGAGCGUGGACGGGACGCGGGCUCGUUUGUUCUCCGGGUGUUCUUCUCGCUGCUUUGGUGGUGCGGCGCGCCGAGUGGAGUGUGGAGCUUCAACCUUUACGCACAGCAUCCCACGGUGUACAGAGGACCCAGUGGGAGUUAUUUCGGUUACUCGGUGGACUUCUACCAGGCUACCGCCAACAGCAACACGUUCAGUGUGUUGGUGGGGGCUCCCAAGGCCAACGCCUCCCAGUCCAGUAUUGUGGAGACGGGGGCCGUGUACUACUGCCCUUGGCCCGGACUGCCUGACAGCUGCAGGGAGAUACCUUUUGACAACUCCAAUACCCGCAUGAUCAAGGUGAAUGGCAGCAGGGAGCCGCUGGAGUUUAAAUCCCACCAGUGGUUUGGAGCAUCAGUCAGGUCUCACAAAGGCAAAGUAGUGGCGUGCGCUCCUCUUUACCACUGGCGCACUGUGAGGCUGAGCGGGGAAAAAGAUCCGGUCGGUACCUGCUAUGUGGCCGUCCAGAACUUCAGUGCCUACGCCGAAUACUCGCCUUGUCGAACAAAUGAACCCGACCCAGACGGGCACGGCUUCUGCCAAGCCGGCUUCAGUGUGGAUUUCACCAAGGAAGGAAAGCUGGUGGUAGGAGGACCCGGGAGCUUCUACUGGCAAGGUCAGGUGAUGACGGCGGGCGUGGCGGAGAUCCUGAACGGCUACUCUUCCAAGGCUCUACUGAGACGAGUUUCCGGAGAGAAACACACGGCUGCUUCAGAGGACAAGCAUGAUGACAGUUACCUUGGUUACUCUGUGGCGGUGGGGGAGUUCACAGGGGAUUCGGAACAAGAGCUUAUUGCCGGAGUGCCCAGAGGAGCCCAGAACUUUGGAUACGUGGUGAUUAUCAACUCCUCCAACCUGACCUUCAUCCAGAACUUCACAGGGGAGCAGAUGGCUUCUUAUUUUGGCUACUCCGUGGCUGCAACCGACCUGAAUGGCGACGGGAUGGACGAUGUGCUGGUCGGAGCCCCCCUCUACAUGGAAAGGGAAAUGGAGAGCAAACCCAGAGAGGUGGGGAGGGUCUACUUGUACCUGCAGACGGCCCCGCUCACCUUCACCAAACCGGUUGCCCUCACCGGCACGCACACCUUCGGACGCUUUGGAACGGCUAUAGCGCCUCUGGGAGACGUCAACAACGAUGGAUACGACGACGUGGCGGUGGGCUGUCCGUUUGGCGGCGAGGAGGCCGGAGGUCGAGUGUUGAUCUUUAACGGCCACAGAGAUGCAACCACGCGAGGUCUGACCAUGAGCCAAGAGCUGAGAGCAUCCGAGGGGGCCCACACCAGCAGUCUUCCCGGGUACGGCUUCACCCUGAGAGGAGGCCAGGACCUGGACCGCAAUCAGUACCCAGACUUGAUCGUGGGGUCUUUCGGUGCAGGAGAAGUGUCCGUGUACAGGGCUCGUGCUGUUGUGUCCGUGGAUGCUGAAAUGAUCCUGACGCCAAGGAUCCUUAAUCCCGAUGACAGGCAGUGUCGCCUACCCCACACGGACGCCACGGUGACCUGCCUGAAGGUGGAUGUUUGCGCACAAGUGGGUGGAACGGGCAUCCCCAGCUCUGUGGACCUGAAAGCUGAGCUGCAUUUGGAUUGGCUGAAAGGCAUCCGUGGAGGCGUCAAGCGCGUCCUCUUCUUGGACACCCAGCAGCCUCAGCUCACCGGACUCCUAACGCUGGGUCACAACCACCCGAAAGCCUGCCUCAACUACACCAUUUAUCUCAAAGAGGAAGAUGAAUUCCGGGACAAAUUAUCUCCCAUCUCAUUGGCUCUGAACUAUAGCUUGGCCCCUCCCACUCAGGGCCAAGAGCUGCCACCUGUUCUAAACUACUACAGCAGCACGUUUCUGCAAGAACAUGCUUACAUUCUCCUGGACUGCGGCGAUGACAAUAUCUGCAUCCCGGACCUCCGGCUGUCGGCCAGCAUGGACCACUCUGAGCUGGUGAUCGCCGACGACAACCUGCUCAUGUUGACCGUCACCGCCACCAACCGAGGCGAAGGAGCCUACGAGACGGAGCUCCACGUUCUGAUCCCACCGGAGGCCGACUACAUUGGCGUGGAGAGGAGAGUGGAGUCUCUGGAUCAGUUGAACUGCGAGUACAAGAUGGUGAAUGAGUCCAGGAUGGUGCUAUGCGACCUGGGUAAUCCCAUGGUUACACAAACGGAGCUGUCUGUCGGUUUGCGGUUUUCCGUCCAACGGCUAGAAGACGCCGGACCGAAGAUCAGCUUCGAGCUACAGAUCCACAGCUCCAACAAAGACAACCCUGACAGCAACCCAGUCAGCCUCAAUCUGGCCAUCGUUGCCAAAGCUCAAAUUGAUUUACGAGGGGUGUCUCAUCCCUCUCAGGUGGUGCUGCCGUUCCCGCGUUGGGAGCCCAAAGAGAAACCCGUCAAGGAGGAUGACGUGGGCCCUCAAGUGACGCACAUCUACGAGCUCCACAACUCGGGUCCCAGUAGUAUUCGGGAAGCUGAGGUUGAGGUCGGGUGGCCUGCCCGUUUCCGUGACGAGAACCUGCUGUAUGCCAUGGAGAUUAGAACUGAUGGACCAAUUAGCUGCCGGACGAAUAGCAGCCUCAACCCGCUCGGCCUUCAGGUAUCAUCCCUCCAAGACACCCCCGAACUUCUGGGCUUCCUGAGGAACACCAGCGCCCCUCCUCGCCGCCACAAGCGAUCCGCCAACGCUCCCCACAGUCACAGUGGUAAAACCCUGAACUGCACUAACAUCUCCUGUCUGAGGAUCACGUGCAUCGUGGGCCGCUUGGAUCGGGGUCAGAGCGCGGUGCUGAAGAUCCGUUCCAGACUGUGGGCGCAUACGUUCCUGCAGCGGCGUAAUGACCCCUACAUCCUCAACUCCACCGUGUCCUUCACGGUCCUCGCCAUGCCUUAUCGGGUCCAGCAGCCCCCCACGUCGCUACAGCGCACCAUCUCGAUGGGGACGCCGGUCAUAUGGGGGACACCGGAUGUGUCCUUUGCCGUCCCAUUGUGGGUCAUCGUCCUGGCUAUCCUGCUGGGGCUGCUGGUGCUCGCCAUGCUAACGCUCGCCAUGUGGAAGUGUGGUUUCUUUGACCGGGCCAGGCCACCAGCUGAUGACAACAUCUCCGACCAGGAGCAGCUGACAUCCGAUCAAACGGGGGAUGCCUAAAAAAAAAAAACAAGAAAGAAACUUGUAACACAUCCGAAUAGGAGAACUGUGGCUUUGGAGGAACGUGCACCUUCUGACUGAAAUGGAUCAGAUCCAGGAUCUGGAGUCAUCGGAUCUGACAUUUUACCUCUUUUGCCGACAAAAUGGCCGGAGUGCGAGAGGGCACCACGGGCCGAUGUUGACGUGUGACGCUGCGGGACCGACGCACACUUUGAGUGGAACACGUUGGGGAUUGUUUACCCGUGUUGAUGAAGGAGCACAGUGGAGUUCUGUCAAAGGAGGCACUGGGAGGCCUCACACCAGCCACAAUAUUAGGUACGCCUGCACAAUCCUAACUGGUCGUCUGUCUUGGAUUUCACUUUUUACAAUCAUAAGAGCUUUUCUUCCGCACUCACGGGUGACCUGGCGAGGGGGUCUCGAGUCUUUAUCCAUGCAUGCGGUGCCCAACAACUUCUACCAGAGCUUUUCUUCCUGUCACUCACACACACCAGCGACCUAGAUGGGAGUGGAGGAGUUAGGAUGCUGAAGAAUUAGACGUCAUUUAGGGUUGUGCAGGUGUACCUAAUGAAUUGUAUUGUUUGUGUGGAUGAAUAUACAUAAACAUGUGCAGGUACUGUACAUAUUGUGUGUGUGUGUGUAUGUAUGUUAAGUUGUGGCGUCUCUUUUUGUCAAUUCCCUGCAGCUGGGUGGCCCCUUGAUGUGGCAAGGGGAGGGUCUGGUUGCAUGAUGAUGCGUGUGUGCGUGUGUGUGUGUGUGUGUGUUGCACACAAACAGAUUGCAUUAACAUGAAGGCACAAAAUCAAAUGUGUAUAUUUAUGAAUGUACGUGCAAUAUUUUGGACAUUGCGUGAUAACUGAAGCUUGUUUACACUGGCAUUAUUUUAUCAGAGCUUAAUAGCGUUUAUGUAUAUACUGUAAGUAAGUCAUGGGUAUGAUAGUUUUGCUGAACAACAAAAAGCAGUUAAUAAAGUGUGUCUUAA